AUAACCAUUCCUGGCAAAUAUUUUCUGGUCUCAACGAAGUUAGGCCUAAGCUCUUUUGCUUUCCUUAUUCAGGUGAUAUUAACGUUAUUAUCACUUGGUUUUGGAGUUGCUAGUUAUAAAAUGGUGAAGACUAGUCCCUACUGUGAUCACAAGGUGGAGUUGAAGAAAGGACAAUGGAUUCUCGAAGAAGACCAGAAGCUCUUUGCUUACAUUCAAGAACAUGGCCAUGGAAGCUGGAAAACCUUGCCUGCCAGAGCUGGACUUAAAAGAUGCGGAAAGAGCUGCAGACUUAGGUGGAAUAACUAUCUCAGACCAGAUAUUAAGAGAGGAAAGUUCAGUUUGCAUGAAGAGCAGACCAUCAUUCAACUUCAUGCCCUUCUUGGAAACAGGUGGUCGGUCAUAGCAACAUACUUGCCCAAACGAACAGAUAAUGAGAUCAAGAACCAUUGGAACUCACAUCUAAAGAAAAGAUUACACAAAAUGGGCAUUGAUCCAACCACCCACAAACCAAGAGCCGAUGCCUUUGGCUAUGGUGGAACCUACUCUAAAGACGCUGCAAAUUUAAGACACAUUGCUCAAUGGGAAAGCACUCGUCUUCAAGCCGAAGCAAGAUUGGUCCGCGAGUCACAGCAACUCAUCAUGCCAUCUAAUGACUCUCUCAAAGCUAGACCAAAAUGCCUUGACGUCCUCAAAGCUUGGGAACUUAUAGUUUCCGGCAUGUUCUCCGUCGACGGUGACUGCAAAUUCUCCGGAUUUGAUGACAAUUCAGCCGCUAAAAUACUUAAUGGUGAUCGCAGAGGAGAAUUGCCUCUUCAAGGCGGAAAUAAUGAAGAGGAAUAUUCUAACCAAAUCCAACAAGUGGAAGAAAGAUUGGGUAUAAGUUAUAAGGCAGUGCAUGAAACGAGCACUUACUGUUCCAGUGAUAAUAAUGCAUGGAUUAUGGAAAGUUUUGGGGCAGCAGAGAAUAUUAUGGAGGGAUUUAGGGAUGGUUUGGGUUUUGACCGCGACUCAGUGCUCAUGGCAGGAGAUAGCAGGAAUUGCUGGAACAGCUUGCUCAAUUUGGUAGAUGCUUCAACGUCUGGUUCUCUCCUGUUUUGAAUAGAUGUUUGUGUUUCUUUGUGGGUUAACAAUGGCGAUCUAAUUAAAAAUGAGUACUGAUAUUCCAAGAUUUUAUAAUUUGUACUGAUUAUCUUGCAUUUCAUAAUUUCAAAUAUUGCACUUAUUAGUAGGGUGUAAAAAAAAUCGCU